AUGCCCCUAUACCGUGCAAGGUUGCAAUGUAUUCUUUGGCCCCAGAGUUUAGUGAGGAACAAGCCUGCAGCAGUGUGGGAAUCUAGGAAACCCAAGAAUGAUGAGGAUGGGCUGAGGACUCUCAACAUCAGCCAAUGCACAGCACUCCCCCCUUCUGCUGUUCAGGCGGUGUGCGACUCAUUUCCCGCACUUCAUACCUGCUCUGGAAGGCAUUCCCUCAUUAUGAGCGGCUGUUUUGAACUUGACAUCCGUACGUUGUGCCUGUGCUGUCCAAGCACACCGCACGGCUAG